GAAGUGCAAGCAAGGCAAGCAGAGGAGGCCCAGCACUUUUAUUUUGGGGGGGACUUGAGAAAGCCAAGGGGGUGUCCUCCCUUGUUUGGAAGCUUGCUCUUCCAAGAUUGACAGCCUGCAACGUCAGCAGAGAAGAAAGAGGGAGGGAAAGGAGGAAGGAAGGAAGGCAGGAGGGAGGCAAGGCUCCCCUCGGCAUCUCUCCCUCUUUCUCUCUCUCUCUUCCCUUCCUCCCUUCUUCUUUUUUUUUCUUUUUUGGAGGGGCAUGGAUGGAGACACAGCCCUCCAGAAGAGACGCCCUGUCUCCUUUCCUCACCCCAAGCAUCUGAAGGCCUUCCUUCCUUCUUAGUGGACUCUGAUUAUUAUUAUUAUCCUCUUUUCUAUAUAUAUUUUGGGUCCAAGGAUGCUGACAAGACCCCUUGGAUGCUUUUGAUGAAGCCAAGGGGACAGGAGCAGAGGAAGCCACAUCCCUCCAGACUUCAGGACGGUUUCUGCAAUGCUCCAGGAGAAAAGCUUGUCUGAGCCGGAAGAUGGGUUCACAGCACCUCAGCCUCCAGUCCACGUUGAAACGACCACGGGUUCCCCGGUCCUUGGCGUAGCGGGAGUCAGCAGCACCCCCCUGAACAGUCCACAGGUUCCCGAUCCGGAGCAGACCAUUGAGAACAUCAAAGUCUACCUUCAUGAGAAAGAGCUAUGGAAGAAAUUUCACGAAGCUGGCACAGAAAUGAUCAUAACUAAAGCUGGGAGGAGGAUGUUUCCAAGUUACAAGGUGAAAGUCACUGGGAUGAACCCCAAGACCAAAUACAUCUUGCUGAUUGAUAUUGUCCCAGCUGAUGACCAUCGGUACAAAUUCUGCGACAACAAAUGGAUGGUGGCAGGAAAGGCUGAACCUGCGAUGCCCGGCCGGCUAUAUGUCCACCCAGACUCCCCAGCUACCGGGGCCCACUGGAUGCGCCAACUGGUCUCCUUCCAGAAACUCAAGCUCACAAACAACCACCUGGAUCCUUUUGGACAUAUCAUUCUCAAUUCGAUGCACAAGUACCAGCCGAGGCUACACAUUGUGAAAGCAGACGAAAACAAUGCGUUUGGCUCCAAGAACACAGCGUUCUGCACACACGUGUUUCCAGAGACGUCUUUCAUAUCAGUGACAUCCUACCAGAACCACAAGAUAACGCAGCUGAAGAUCGAAAACAACCCAUUUGCCAAGGGCUUCAGGGGAAGCGACGACAGCGACCUUCGUGUGGCGAGAUUGCAGAGCAAAGAGUACCCUGUGAUCUCCAAAAGCAUCAUGCGUCAGCGGCUGGUGUCCACCCACGGGCAGCUCUCUGGGAAGUCAGACGUCAGCUCCCUCCACGGCAGCCACCAGGGCCUCCAGCACUACCAGUACGAGAAUGGUGCCCACAUGCAGUUUGCCUCCUCGGACGGGCAGGACCUGCCCCUCAAUACCUUCGCGGCACAAAGGGAGUCGGGGCUCUUCUAUCACUGCCUCAAGCGGCGAGAGGGUGCCCGCCACUUGGACCUCCCUUGCAAGCGCUCCUACCUGGACGCCUCUUCCUCCGUCGGAGAAGAGCACUAUUUCCGGUCGCCGCCCCCCUACGACCAGCAAAUGCUGAGCCCUCCUUACUGUGGCGACGUGACGCCCCGGGAAGCGUGCAUGUACUCGAGCUCCGGUGCCGAAAUCGCCGGUGUCUCCUCGGUGGAGGACCUGCCUCCCCCUCCCCCUCCUCCUCUGAGUUGCAAUAUGUGGACCUCGGUGGCCCCUUACACCAGCUACAGCGUUCAGACAAUGGAAACGGUGCCCUACCAGCCCUUCCCGGCCCACUUCACCGCCACCACCAUGAUGCCGCGCCUCCCCACCAUCGCRAACCAGRGCUCCCAGCCUCCGGGCAACAGCCCCUUCUCCGUCUACAACCAGCUCUCGCAGUCUCAGGCCCGGGAGAGGGUCCCUCCRUCGUCCUUCCCRAGGGAAAGGGUGCACCCCUCGGUUUGUGAGAGGAAGCCCCCCUCKCCCCACCUCAGCACGGCSAACGAGUUCCUCUACUCGCAGACCUUCUCGCUCUCCAGGGAGUCCUCCUUGCAGUACCAUUCGGGAAUGGGGACGGUGGACAACUGGACCGAUGGAUGACUCCAUCAAGCGGGACUCUUUGCACCGGGACAGCGAUGAGUCAGUGUUAAUACCUGUGGGUAACUUGCACUUCCGGGACACCUACAGAAAACCGGCCUCCCCAGGGGUGUGUCUACAAAGAGCUGGUUUGUCCUUGGACCUCAACACCCGUCUCCAUCGGGGAGGGAAGUGGGGGGACCUAGUGGGGUACAACGCAACUCUUGGCUUCAUGGCCUGGAUCCACCAGCUAGGGCCACCCCA